CGCUUCAGUGUACAGACAAGGCUACACACAAUUCCUGCCCAUCUUUCUGGGCUUGCCAAAAACAUUCAGAGAGGAGCCACUGCGGAGGUUAAUAAUUUUCCUUGGUGGACAAAGCCAAAGAAGCUAAGCUCUGAAGUCAGAACCAUCAACCUACUGUUCAUUAUUUGAGGAGCUGUAUUUGCCUGGUGGUUGUCCUCUCUUGUCAAGCCAUCUCCAAUAAAUCUGCACGUGGCAAAUUUUGGGACCCACAUCUCGACAUCUUGCAUUUUCCUUUGGCCCUGGUGACGUUCCGGAGGACACAUCUUCUACUGCUGUCCCUACAGAUGCACUGUUGGGUCACUACCAAAAGGAAUAUGUGCUAGAAACUAAAAUCUGCUCUAAAAAAAACUGCUCAACUUCGAGUGUAGAAGAUGAGCAAUGAAGACGAGUUUUACGACGCCGUCACAGUUCUUGCCUUGGACAGGCCUGGACUCAGACGAGUCGUGUGAAGGGUUGUCUGAGGCCAGUUUCAAAGAUGCCAGAGGGUUCGAUGGCAGCAUUCAGAAGAACAAUGGAUCAGUACCACAAGAGAACGGCAUCAGGAAACACAGGACAUCUUUACCAGCACCCAUGUUUUCCAGAAACACGGUCAGCAUCUGGAGUAUCCUCAAGAAAUGUAUUGGACUGGAGCUGUCUAAGAUCACGAUGCCCAUCGUCUUCAACGAGCCUCUGAGCUUCCUGCAGAGGAUCUCAGAAUACAUGGAACACACUUACCUCAUCAACAAAGCCUGCUCGCUGUCCGACUCCAUAGAGCGCAUGCAGUCAGUAGCUGCUUUUGCUGUGUCAGCAGUUGCGUCUCAGUGGGACAGAACUGGAAAACCCUUCAACCCACUGCUGGGAGAGACCUUUGAACUCAUCAGAGAGGAUCAGGGUUUCCGGCUGGUGUCAGAGCAGGUUUCCCAUCAUCCUCCGGUCAGUGCCUUCCACGCAGAGAGCCUCUCCGGGGACUUCGUCUUCCACGGCUCCAUCUAUCCCAAACUCAAGUUCUGGGGCAAGAGUGUCGAGGCAGAGCCAAGAGGAACAAUCACACUAGAACUUCUAAAGCACAACGAAGUGUACACAUGGAGUAAUCCUUACUGCUGCGUGCAUAACAUCAUCCUGGGCAAGCUGUGGAUAGAGCAGUACGGAACAGUGGAAAUAGUCAAUCACAGCACCGGGGAGAAGUGUGUGCUGAAUUUUAAGCCAUGUGGAAUGUUUGGCAAGGAGCUGCACAAAGUAGAGGGAUACAUCCAAGAUAAGAAUAAGAAGAAGCUCUGCGUAAUCUAUGGGAAGUGGACUGAGUGCAUGUGGAGCAUCGACCCUCAGGAGUACGAGAUCUACAAGAAGUCGGACAAGAAAGGCGACAAGAGCAAAAAGAAUGAGGAGCUUCAAAAAGCUGAGAAUGACGAAGCAGACGACAUGCCUGAAAUCCAGGAAACUGUGUCUGUUGUACCAGGAAGCACUCUGUUGUGGAGGAUAGAGUCCAGACCAGCACACUCUGCUAAGAUGUACAACUUCACAAACUUUGCGAUGGCUCUCAACGAGCUGGAGUCUGGCAUGGGAGCCAUUUUGGCCCCCACCGACUGUCGCUUCAGGCCCGACAUCAGAGCCAUGGAGAAUGGAAACAUAGACGAGGCGAGCAAAGAGAAGGAGAGACUGGAAGAAAAACAGAGAGCUGCCAGGAAGGAGAGAGCCAAGGACGAGGAGGAGUGGACAACUAGGUGGUUCCAGAUGGGCACCAACCCAUACACCGGCUCCCAGGAGUGGAUCUACAGUGGCGGCUACUUCAAUAGGAACUACCAGAACCUGCCCGAUAUAUACUGAUACUCUGCUAGCCUUCAUCUUUCUCCUCUUCCUGCUCCUCCUCCUCAUCAUCAUCGUCUUUAACCUGCGUUUUCAUUUUUUCAUUUUUGGCCCAUCAUGAUGCAAGGAGAAUUGCUAAAAAUGCAUCCUUGAAGGGUGAUGCUUUUGGAAAGAAGCCAAACGCCUGCCAUUACGUUCAACAUCUCGAAGAGAAUCGGUGACCAUCAAACGUCUCUUCUCUGCCUUGAUGCUGUAAAGAACACAAUAAUCACUUAUUCCCCGGGCAAUCUCAGCAGCGGAGAGCUGGGAACGUACCGAGUCACACAUCUGCUCUGAAUGUUUAACAUCUUUGCAAUCAGACUUUUUCCUUUCAGCUGCCAUACCUCUGGUCAGCUGCUCGUGACUUAUAAAUACACAGAUAAACGUACAUAAGUGGAAACAAUAACUUGGACGUCGCAAACCUCGCGAUGGAUUUGUGGAUUUAAACGGACUCCCAGUCAACAAGGAAAUCAAGGAUGUGAAAGUUCCUUUGACUGAAGACGGAUUUUCGCUCUGAAAGACUCGAAACACUCACAGAUUAAUAUAGAGGACGUUCUGCUCUCAAAGGAACAAACGUUUGCAUCUACUGUUGGUUCGGUUAGUCACAGCAAGCAAUGUCUGCAUCCCACAUCCCUGAAACGCCUAGUGUUUCCCCCCUCGAGUCGCCUGAUAACACUGAAGUCGCAUCACAGAACUCCAAAGCAAGCUCAAAAAUGAAGGUCCUCCUUGCUUUAAGCUGCGGCUCUGUUGUGUGUUUGUAUGAAGUCAUUUUACUAACCAGAAGAUGUAGGCAGGAUAGCUUUUGCAGCUCAUUCAUAAAAUAAAAAUAAAUGUUCAAGAGCUGGGUUUGUACGCAACAAAGGGAAAUGCGAGUCAUUGGGAUCAAAAGGUAAUCCCUGAAAUAGUUUUUCUUUUCUUCUUUUAUGCAUUAACAGAAGACUAUAUGUAAACAUGAAUGCACUCAAACUCAGUUGCUAGAAGCCUGGAAAAUGACAUUUAAAGAUACUUGUUUACUUUUACGCCUCUAGGUUAUUGUUGAUGUUUAACGUACACUGCUCAAAAAAAUAAAGGGAACACUUAAACAGGUGUUUCACACUUAAAGUGUUCCCUUUAUUUUUUUGAGCAGUAUAGAUUUAUAAACAUGAUUACACCGCAACCUCGAUGAACUAAUAAUCCAAAAACAAGAAAAGCUUCAACAUCUGCUUUUUAAAAAAAUUUUAAACAACCUACUUGUGCGUCCGCAUUCGAUCCUGAAUGACUAACUUGUUUUAGAAGAUCUUGACAUUACAUGUACAUAUUUAACAGUUUAGUCGCGUCUUGCUGGGGAAACAUCCGAAACAGAAAAAAAUCUCAAGUGUAAGGCGGUGGAUACACAUUGGUCUCGUGCAUGCGUGUGUAAAUGUUCAGAAACACUUUUAAGUCAUUCUAUGGAGAAAAAAAACAAACAAAAAAAAUACAUCACAAAGAGUUAAUUUGCUGCGAAAAAGGGGGAAAUAAUGAAAUCAGUCGACCGAGGUGGUUUUUUGAAUCUUGAAAACGUAACCACCAUUAAUACAACAGAAGCUUAAAAUAGCAACAAAAGAUACAAAACAAAAUGUAAAAUUAGCUUAAAAAAAUGUGCAUUGAUUGUAGUUAUUUUUUUUCGUCCUGCUACAGGUGUACAUAUCCAUCGGUGCCUUGGGGUCCGUCAUCCAAAAAUGGAUCAGCUGAGAACAAACACACCUACCAAGAGAAUGAAAGCACAGAUGGAUUAAAAGCUCCAGAACUGAUUGGGUUUAACAACCGGUCAGAAGUGUGCUCUGGGGUUAAAACAGCGGGGCAACUUCCUGCUUUGAGUUCCAAUAUUACCACCAGACGCAAGAGACAAAAUGCUGCUGCGUAAAGUCUUUCAUUUCCAUUAUUGUAAAGCUGCACAGGCCACACAUUCGCACGCACUUCUCUGAGCGAUGUGCUAAACUCUGGUGGGUAAACGUUUAGCAGAAAAGGUCUUUACAUCCUAGGUUCACGCUGCAAUCCGCUUUCCACUACCUGCACAUUCAAGCAGAAAUGAAACAUGCUGAAGCAGCGAAAUGACUCGUUUUAAUAUCUAGCUUUUAUGUCAAAGUGAUACGCUCACGUUUAGCGUUAAAAGACAUACAUAUACACAUUUCUGCCGCAGCAAAUUUGGAAAGUUGUCACUUAACACUAUGGAGCCCCGGCUGAGCUCCUGAGAGCUGCUGGCUGAUAGGUGUUGUAAUGUUUUGUUUGAUUAUUGUUUCCUCACGUCUGUGUUUGUCUGAAAUCAUGUUUCAUCACCAACUCUAUGCAACGUUUGCACAGCUACACGAACAGCGCGUCUCAUCUGUUAUUGUACAGUUGCUCUACAUUCCUGCCCCUCUCUGUCGUCCUGACACACACACACACACGCACACACACACACACACACGCCUACAGCUAAAUUAGACCUGCUCACACUCAUCUGUAGAUGUUAACGUGUAAUUUCAAAUAUUUCAGUGAAUGUGGGGGCGGGGGACAAACUGCAGCGGCACUAUGGCUGUCAAAUCUCAGCGUAACUUUUUUUUUUGCUUGUUUUAAAACUGCAAUGAGUGCCUGGUUCUGUCUAAUUCUUUUGCUUUUUUUAUUAUUAUUAUUACUUUGUCUAUUAUUUAUGGAGUUUUUGGUUUUAGACGUUAAUUGUUGCUAAAACUUUGCCAGAAAUGUGGUAUAAAGAUGCUUAAGCCUUCAGACUGUGGCUGUUACAUGUCAACUUGACUAGCCGGGUGGAGGGUGAUUAACUUUCUGUUUUUGACAUGUUUGGGUAAUUAAACUUAAAGAUUUAAUUCAUUUUUGGAGAAAAAAAAACAAACAACAAAAACGCAAACAAACUGCGGUAACACUGUCACCAAAUGGUGAAAUUUAUCACAGAUAAGUUUUAAGUAACAUGAAUGUAAACAGUCACCAGUCUGUUUUUUUUUGUUUUGUUUUUUUAAAUAUGAAUUUUGCUUCUGAUGAUUUAAUUCGCUGGCCAACAUAUGCAACAGUCAGACGUUUGAGCGCUAAGGUUCUGCCAGCCGCCCCGUUAAUCUGUCCAUUUAACCGCCUCAUGUUGCUUUGACCGCUCGGUUUGUCUGUCGAUGUUUAUAUAUGUGUACAUGUGCUGCACAGAUGUAAUCACAAGCAAAAUGGCACAUCAUUUCGUGCAAUUGAUUUAUUUUUUUAGUAUUUAAACAAUUGUUUUUUUUUUUUUUUGGUGAGAACAUUGUACCAGAUGUUUUAUUUUGAGGUGGGGGGAAUGUAGAGAGGGUCUUACCCAUGCUGCGGACAGCUCAGUUGGUUAAUGAAUGGGGGGGAAAUGUCUACUAAUAAAAUCCUAAUUUCAG